AUGGAAAAUAUCAACCCAACCCCAUUGAUAUACAAAAACCCAAUUAGAAGAACCUCAAGAAGAUCAACAAUGUAUCUUGGUGUAAGAAAAAGACCAUGGGGAAAAUAUGCAGCUGAAAUUAGGAAUCCAUAUACUAAAGAGAGACAUUGGUUAGGCACAUUUAACACUGCUGAAGAAGCUGCAAUAGCAUAUGAUUUUUCAUCUAUUAAUAUUUGUGGUAUUGAUAAUGCUAGAACUAAUUUUCAUUACCCUUUUGUAUCUCAUUCACAACCUCCUUUGUCAUUAUUACUUCCUGCACCUCCACAACCUACCCAAGUGUUAGAUGCAAUCUGUAUGCUAGAGAUGAAUGUUGGUUUUGAUGGUGGUGAUGAUGAAUCUCUUGUUAUUGCUUCUAUCUUGCAAACUUUUUCUAAUUCUGGUAGUUGUUCUUUAUAG